AUGGAAGGAGAACGAGAAGCAGAAGAGUCUAAUCUCGAUUCAAAAGCUAAGCUAGAAGCCCUAAUUUCAGAUACGGAAGCCAAUAAUAUAGUAAGACAUCAAAUGAAUUCCCAAGAGCGAGAAGAAGAAGAUGAUGAUUCUCGUGGUGGCGAAUCGAAAGUGGCAUCGUUUGACCAGAAGGAUAUAAUGAAAGCGCUGGAAGUGGUGGAGAGAGACUCGGUGGCGAUCGCCGAGAGCUUCACUUCUUUGUUCACGUCUCUCCGUCUCGCCCUCUCUGAGGUCACUAGCACUUCAGUAGAUCAUAUGGCUUGCUUCAGUGAUGCUGCUGGCCGCCUUCAAGAAUGUGGUGAGUGA